GAAAAGUGGAAGGUUUUCUUGAGGAAAUCAUAUUGUUCUUAUUAAAUAAAUCAGGAUUAAUUUACAUGAAAUUAAUUUAAAAUCGAAAUUACAGUAAGUCUUAUAUUUUCAUUAAAUCAAAAGUAUGUAACUGCUACUCAAACCCUCGUCAAAUAUUGAUGUGUGAUGUACUUUGCUACCCGUACGAAAUAAGAAGUCGCUCAAUCAUUGCCCUAUUUAAAUUUACUCUGCUUAAUAUGACUACUACUAGCGCCAAAAGGGAUGACGUAGUAGUUUUCAAUUUGGUCGCGCAGUAUACCAUUUGUUGUCAAUCUAGAAUCUUUGUCGCAGUUUUAUAUUUUCGAUUUCGCAGGUAUUCUGAAAUAAAACAUAGUAUAUUCUUUGUUAUAAUGACGUGAUGCAUUUAAUUACUCUUUGUUACUCGCUGGAGGAUUGAAAAAAGCUGAUUGGUACGAGGGGAGUAUUUUUCUGCGAUUGGAGCCUUAGAUGAGACAAAAAUGGCGUUUUCUCUCAGGAAGAUGCUUUCUAACAUCAAUUAUUUCGGGAAACCAGGCGACACUGGGUUCGAGGAGGCCAAACGAGGAGAAAAACAUUUUGGCGAAACAUCAGAAAGCAUAGAAUUCGAGAGAACAGAGCCAGAUUCUACAUCCAGGUAUGCGACAAGCCUUAAAUUACCCGAAUCAGUAAAAAACUUUGCUGCUAAGAAGUCUUCUCUUUCUGAUACUGAUAUUUUACACAUCCCUGAGACACCAGUUUCUAAGAAAGCUAAAAGAAAAUGUAAGAAAUUAAAGGUUGAUGUAGACGCAAGAAUCAGCGAUAGUCCCGAAAAUUCAGAUGACACCCCUAGCGAGAACACACCGAAACAUGUCCAUUUGGAGGUCCAGAGCGCUGAUAUAUUCAAAGAUUUUGAUUUUAAUAAGUCAUUUGAUUUUGGGUUGUCUGAUGAUGAUUCGGAUAAUAAUGCUGAUAUUCAGUCCCUCUCAGACCAUUCGGACUCUGAUGGUUCUAUAACAUCACGGGAGAAAGUCAAGAUGUGUCGUAAAGUUCAGCCAAUCCAGGAAGAGCACUUGGUACGUUCCACUAGCCUUGAGUCUUUUGGCGACGUAGAAUUGGACAAGAACGAAGAAGAGCGGAUCUCUCUCCUCCUCAACUAUCAGAACAAAUUAGAGAAAAUUGACUGUUUCAUGAAAAAGCUUUUGUCUGAUUUCCAAUUUAAUAUUGAAGUUUCUAAAAUAUUCCAUUGCCGAUCUCUUGUGCCAACCGUACCAGGGGGUGAAGUGAAACAGCCUAAGAUGCUAGAUGCUGCAUUUGUGGACAGCCGCGCCCCAAGCCCUUCAGAACCGUGGAAUGUCAUUGUCGAAAAAGAAGAUGUUGUUACAAAGCAAAAAUUUAAAAAGCAGCUCAUGUCUGUGAAACAUACUAUAGAUGAAUUUGUCAAUUGUUAUUUAAAUGAAUCAAAAGAAAGAAAACCUUUCACAACCAAGCUGAGGAGUAAGAAGAAAAUGCGGCACUUUGAUUUUCCAGAUCUGCGUGAAGCCAUGAUCAAUUUGUUUGGUACAGAAGAACAGACGACAGAUCUGUGUGACUCCAAAUGUAUCUGUAACUGUCACUCUCAGUCUGAAGCCGACUCCGGCUUGACCUCUAAAUCGGAUGACAGAUCUCUAUCAAAUCAAUCUAUAACAUCAUCAAUCGGUAACUUCAGCUUAGAUUCAUCCACCUUAACAGCUUACUCUGAAUCUCUGGAUCAAAUUGUCAGCUAUUGCAGCUUCCAAGACACAAGCCUUUACAGCGACUUGCUUCAAACACCGGCCAUUGAACGUAUCACUUUCUAUGUUCAAGUCCACAGUGUUCAGCUCAAAAGUGAAGCGUGCAACCAAGAGUUUGAAAGCAAGAACGUUAUAAAAUUCUACUGCCCGACUUGUAAAAUCACUGAAACUGACGAGAACAGCCUGCUCCGACACAUUUUAAGCCAAACACAUUGUGAGAAGAUACAUUUCCAAUACAAAACGGCUUAUAUAAAAAGUGUGUGGCUGCUGGCAAAGAAAUACAGCCAAGUACAGUGCUGAACCCGAUGACUAUGUACCGGGAUGAUAACAAGAUUGUCUGCUUCGGAGAUGCUGUGUACGCUUGCUCUCUCUGCUUCGAGAAUCGUAUCGCUGGCGAAUCCAUCCUGAUGGCACACAUUUUAGAGCACGAGCAUAUUGAGCGACGAGAAAAGUUAAAUGAAAUCAUAGAGUAAGUGCAUGAUUUUUUUUUAUUAUCUUAAAGAGCAUGUGUGAAUAUACUACUCAAUACUUGUGCGUUCAAUCAAUUUUUUUUUUUUUUUAUAAACUGGCCAGUGAUUGACCUUAAUCGCACCUGAUGGAAAGUGACGAGAAGGCCGAAGUUGUAGCUCACUGGUUCAGUAAUAGCCUAUUCACUCUUGACUUAAGAACUUCUUAAUAAGAAGUCACCUGAUUAGCUCACAUUUGAUUACAUUUACACAAAAAUACACACAUACUCUUUAAAAUUGCAAUGUAUUGUAAAUCUGCCAAGAAAGUAGCUAUGUGAACUCUAAAUUCGUAAUAAAUUUAGACUUGCAUACAUUUCAUUGACAGAAUUGGCUUUGCAAUAACUGUCAAAAUGUAAUUUGACAGUUCAGUGCAAUGUUGUUUAUUAUUUAUGCUAUUUCUGUCCUUUUAUUUAAAAUUAAACACUAACAUGAUUAAUUAAUUAAUAUAUUGGGCUUCCGUUUAAUCAAAGUACAUUUUUACUAAAUUUAGGGACAGAAAUAUUAUUUAUUUAUUUUUUAUAAUUUACUCUGAACUCUUAAAAUCAAUUCUACUUUCCUAGACUCAUUGGUUACCAUAUUUACAUUUUUACACGAAAAUAACAAUAACUUUAUGUAUAUAAAAUAGAUCUAGCUCAACUAUUUUCUUCAAUUCAAGUUAUCUUUUAUUAUAUCUUUCUAUUUAUCGUCUUUUUUAUGAGGAAAAAAGCUAUCAAUGCCAUAUUGUUGUUGAUAUAAGUAUAAAGUUGAUUUUGUUUAAGUUUGCUGACCAAAUCCGCUAGAUGCCGCUACUGCCAAUGCCUACCACGCUCAUCAACUUCCUGGUCUUAUUCUGACUUUUCUAUUUCUAAAGACAUCAGUUACACCAUAUUUUUUAAAUAUUUUUUUUUAUUUAAAUCGUCAGAAGUGAAAAAAAUCGCAAGAUAAAAUUACCUUUACUUUCCUACAUUUACUAAACUUAAGAAAGAUAAAUUUUCUUCUCUUUUUUUUUAUUUCCCAAAAAAUCUUUCCGGCACUAGCGGCAUCUAUCGGAAGGCGCAAACAACUAGGUGCUCACUGCCGAAACUCGAGUUUAAUGUGUUCAUGAUAUUUCCCGCCCAUUUUACUGAGAUUUAGAGAAAUUAAGGCCAAUGGAUAAAUUAGUUCCGACUCUUUCGUUUUCUUAUGAGUCUUUGUAGACAUCUAGCUAAGAUAUUGUCUGCUGUUUAAUAAAUUGCAUUGAAAAACAUUAUAUAUGUAUGUGGAAUUCCAUUAAAUAUUGGGCAACGCGCUUCUCCAUACAAACGUAGUUUCCAUGUCUCCGAAAAAAUUUGAUAUGAUUAUGACGAAUAUUUUUACUCAACUUAUUCAUUAUAGUUUUAACUAGUUGUACACUUUUUUGUACAACUAAUAAAAUCAAAACAGUAAAAUAACACUUAUCCUCUGUUAGAUUUCCGCCUAACUGAAAAACAAGCACCCUUCCUUUACAUUUAAAAUUAACCAAAUGAAAAAAUGAUUCAAUUGAACUACUUUUAAAUUUAAAUAGAUAUCAUACACGAAAGAAAAAUGACAAGGCCCACUGGUGGCCGAGCCGGGAAUCGAACCCGGGUCUUCA